AUGGCAGGAUCAAAUUUCCAGAUUUUAAAGUCAAGAGCCUUUGAUGAGAAUGAUAUGUUAAUGGGUGCCUUGUUUUCUCAAAAAUCCGGUACUGAUCUUAUGCAGAAUUGUGAUCUGCCUCCACCAUUGAAGGUGUUUUCUGGGUCAGAUAUGAUUGUCAUCUCACCGACGAACAGGUUUUUGGGGAUUAUGGGUAGAGAAGAAGAUAACAAUGGUUUUGAUAUUUAUGGAAGUGAGAAUGAGAAGUUGGAGCUUUUCAAGGCAUUGAGAUUGUCACAGACAAGGGCAAGAGAAGCAGAAAGGAAAGCUGCAAGUUUGAUUAAGGAGAGGGAUUGUAUUUCCAAUGCUUUGUUGCGAGAGUCCAUGCGGCUAUUUGCCUAUCGUCAGUGGGUGAAGUUGCUUGAAGUUCAAGUCUUCAAGUUGCAAUCAGAAAGGCAACGACAAGAAAAGAAAUGGCAGUGUAGCUGUGGAAGAUCAGAGAGGGUGAAGGAAUUGUUUAACGAGGGAAAGGAUUGUGAGGAUGGUGGUGGUGGUGGUGGUGGUAGUGGUGGGGUGUCUUGGAUGGUGGCUAUGGCGUUUUGUUUAGGCAUUGCUGGUGUGGGACUUGCUUUUGGCUUUAGAUAUUUGUUUUGA